ACUUUUCAAGGAAGAGCUGUCAGCCCAAAUCCUUUUAGGCUUUUUGCUAUCUCGAUACCCUCUAUCAAACGACGUACGAAUGAAGAGAAUCGGCGUUGGACACCUCGGGAGGUUCCCUCGUAAGAACAUAAUUAUUUCAAAGUAAACAAAGUUGGGAAAGUUGUUGAUGACUUUUCAUUUAUGUCUUACCCAAUUAUUGUCACACACUUUGUUCUCAGCUAUGUGAUCCUUAAUAAAAGUAUAGGGAAAAUUUUCAGAGAAUAUUUUGGUGCAAAAAUAAACAAAAUACAAGUGUUGUUUGGAAAAUCAUCGCAUAUUUUCAAUUACUUUCAAUUUUUGCCACAGAGAAGUUAUAUUUUCAGAGAUAUUUUCCAUGUCUCAAAACGAAAAUAAGGUUUUAUUUAUUGAAAACAUACUUAUCCUUAAUAGAAACAUCCGUAUACUGAAUUCAGAUAUAUUUUCAUUGAAUUCUAACUUUUGUCGAUAUAAAUCGAUUCAUUUCAAAAGACUUUUUUCCUUCUCAAAAUGAAUUUAUCAGAUGUUCAAGUUUCUCAAAUUUGAUCGAGAUUUGUAUAAUAAUUAAAUCAUUAGUAUAUUAACCAAUUGAAAGCCGAUAUAAUCUUGUUUCUAAGUUUCUAUUACACACAGAUUGAAUCAUAUUUGAAACAAUUUAACGAAAUUUCAUUUGAAUCAUAAACGAAGAAUAUUCAGGAAAUUACUUAACAUUAUUUCUUCAUAAAUAUUCUUAUCAAAUUAAUUUUAGAUCGAAAUUAUUCAAGAUAUUCUCAUCAUUAGGUUACAUAAUCAAUCCAACUAGUCUUCUUUUAAGACAAAUGGCGACAGGAAAUGAAUCAAAUUUAUGUUCAAUUUGCAACAAACCUUCAGUUAAAUACUUUUGCAUUGGAUGUAAAAAAUAUUUUUGUCCGAAGGAUUUCAAAGAACAUGAACAACAACUAUCAGUGAAAUUUGAUAAUGAAAUAGUUAGAUCACACGAUGAACUUCUUGAUCAAAUACAAAAAUUAGAAAAAUCAAAUUAUUUAUCAUUGGAUCUUUUUGCUCAAAUUGAAGAAUGGAAAAAAAUAACAAUUAACAAAAUAGAAAAAGCAGCAGAAAGAGCUCAUCAUGAACUUGUCGAACUAAUUGAUAAACAAAGAAUAAAAAUAACAAAACAACUUGAACCAAUCGCAAAAGAAAUUCGCUCUCGCCAAGAAGAAGAAAUUUUUGUUGAAAAUGAUAUUGAUCGACUUAAAGAAAAACUCAAUGAAAUCAAAAAAACACUUAAACGUUUCAUUCGAAAAGAUAUAAAUAAAACCAUUAUUGUUGAUAAUAAUCAAAUUGAUUGGAAUCGACUAAUCUAUAUUCGAGGAGAACAACAAAACUCAUCAUUUCGAUACAAUGCAAAUGUGAAUGCAAAUGUAAAAUGGAUACAGGAUGGUAUUACUGUCGCUGGAGGAAAUGGACGAGGUAGUGAAACGAAUCAAUUCAACGAUCCAUGUGGCUUGUGUAUUGAUGACGAUCAAACUGUCUACGUUGCAGACUACUCUAAUCAUCGUAUUGUGGAAUGGAAAUGUGAUGCAAUGACUGCUCGAGUUGUAGCCGGUGGAAACGGAAAAGAAAAUGAUUCUGAUCAAUUGACUGGCCCGACCGAUGUGAUUAUUGAUAAAGGAAGAGAUAGUUUCAUCAUUUGUGAUUAUGGCAAUAAAGGAAUUGUUCGAUGGCCUCGCCAAAAUGGUAGCAAUGGAGAGACGAUCAUCUCAAAUGUUGGAUGUCAUGGUUUGACAAUGGACGAUGAUGGAUCUCUCUAUGUUGUUGAUUUUGAUAAGCAUGAAGUCAGACGAUAUCGAAUGGGAGAAAAUCAGGGAACAGUGGUUGCAGGUGGAAAUGGAUCAGGAAAUCGUCUCGAUCAAUUGACGUAUCCGAGAUACGUCUUCGUCGAUCGAGAAUAUUCAGUUUACGUAUCGGAUACAAGUAAUCACCGUGUGAUGAAGUGGAUGAAAGGUGCGAAACAAGGCAUUGUUGUGGCUGGUGGUCAAGGUGAAGGAAAUUGCCUUACAGAAUUAUCAAAGCCUUAUGGAGUUGUUGUGGAUCAGUCAGGUGCUGUUUAUGUGGCUGAUUAUUCGAAUAAUCGAAUAGUACGUUGGAUUCAAGAAGCCUCACAGGGAAAUAUCAUUGUUGGAGGAAAUGGUCAAGGAAAUCAAUCAAAUCAACUCUAUGGUCCCACGGAUUUGUCAUUUGAUCGAGAAGGCAAUCUCUUCGUGGUUGAUAACGGAAAUAAACGAUUACAAAAGUUCAACAUUGAUUGGAGUUGA